AUGACGUGUCUAGAUCCAUCAGAGGAGCCUCACGCUCUUGCGUUCUCGCAUGCCUCCGAGGAGAGCGAAACGCAUGUACUGAAGGCCGCAGAUCAGCACGCGCCCCGUUCUUCUCCGUCCGUCGUGUUUACGUCUCCUGCCGGAGGCUCACCACGAUCAGCGGGCGAUGGACAUGCGGAGACGGCCCAAGACAAGGACCGGCCGUCUGUUCCGCCUCUGCGCGGCGUCUGGGCCUCCCGAGCCGCACGGCAAGACCAGGCGGCGAGUCUCAGUGCAGAGACGAAGAGAGAGGACGCGGAUGCUGAGGCGGAAAGCGCGAACCAGCCGCAAGCGGAGACAGAGGGAUCCUCGACGACCGUGGCGGCAGCGUCUCUCCUGUCUCCUCCCGAAGCGUGCGGCUCCCCCGGAGAGCCGUGCAGCCAACGCGAGGCGACAGAGACGGAGGUUCCACCGAGUUUCCUGACUCCGCUUCCAUCGGAAAUCGAAGAGCCUGGCGAGAGAGGGCAGGAGGCAUGUCGAACGGAAGAGGCCGGAAAGGCCCCCACCGUCGAGGCUGACGCUCGCGAGGCCGGUGGCUCGGAGUCUCCGCAUGGGUCACCCGACGACGAGCGGAGAGAGGGAAGGAGCAGCGAACAGGGAGAAAGAGAGCCGUCGUCCUUCCAAGAGGAUCAAGGAGCGUUGAGCACGGCGAGCAAAACCGAGAAGCUCGCUUAUGAAUCUAAGUUGGCAGGCGUCUCCGGGCCGAACAAUGAAGCCGGUGAAGCCUCGCCUGCUUCUCCUCCGCCUCCUUCGCCUUCGUCUCCCUUGCCUUAUCUCACUUCUGCCCGUCCGUCUGUGUCGGGCUCCUCCAAGGUCGCCGUCGUCGGAGCGAAGACGCUCCACGAACAGGCGGGGAAAGAGGGCGACGGCACGAAGCCUAAGAAACUGAUCCUUCUGCGCAGAGGCGAUGUCGCUCCCGGACCGUGUUCGUUUUCUGUCAGCGUGAUGAAAAAGGGAGAUAACAAUGACUUCGCGCCAGAAAUUUCGACCAGCAACGGACAGACUGACGGAGCACGAAACGAGGGAACACUCAGAAGGGUGAAGCAGCCAGAGGACCAGACAGAAAAUGAGGGAACUGGCGUAACGCGGCCGCCGCGGGUGGAAGGCACAGGGAAGAGUCUGGAGGAGAGAGAACGAGAGUACAACGAGCUGCGCGCACGGAUCUUUUCCACCUCUCAGCGGGAGUCCCCGUCGGCUUCACCCGGUACCAGUUCGCCCAUUCGCGCCCGCCUGCCGCGGAAGAACUUGACUCGCUCCUACCAGGAUCACUUUGAUCCUGAGUUCAUGCGCAGCGUCAUUCUACCUCCAGGAGCUUUCCAUCUGCCUCCUGGCUACGCGCCUGAUGGCCGACACGCGGGCUUCGCCUGGGGCACGAGCCCCCUGCCGCAGCACCGUCCCAGGGUUCAGGAGGCCCAGGGCCUUCCUUGCCUUCCUUGCGAGGUGCGAGACCGAGGCCUCGUCGCGCGGUCUAUCCGGAGCGGCCGUCGCCGGUCGUAUCUGCGCUCGGGCGCGGCGUUUCAGGGGGGAGGAGACGGCCCUGCCAGAUGGUCAGCGGAUAUGGAAGUCCGACGCACUUGGGAUUUGAGGGUUGACCGCAGAGGUUUCGCCACUGGAGAGACCCGCGCCCAGACAGAAGGGGUAGAGACACCGGGCUCCCGCCCAGAGUCCCUGGAAGAGCAGAAACCUGCUCAGUGACACACGGGUCGGGGAGGCCUGAGGAAGCAAGCGUGAUGAAGCAAGCGGCGAUAAGAGUGGCCUUGCGGCUCUGGUCGAGGUGUAUUCGAACCCUGCCUUCGGGUCGGUUUCUGGCCCAGAUCCGACCUACGACGUGUUUCCUGAGGUCGACAAGGGCAGAGGGGGGGAGACUGCUUCUUGCUUGAUGGCGUAGCUACUAUUUUGGGGUACCCAACCUCUGUCGCGCCUCAGGGGUUCAUCCGUCCAGGCGACGCCGGCGCACCCGACAGUCACGCGGAUGGCAGCCACUUUCCGGUUGGCCCAGCUAGCGCGUUUUCGGGUGUACGGAGUCCCCCAACGCACAUCCGGUCCUUGACGACCGCCUGCAUAGGUACGGCUUUCAACGGGGUCGACAGCUCCCGUACACCCCGGUCGACGGGGCUGCCUCGCCUUCACUCGUGGCUGUCUUCGAUCCCACAGGGGCGGUGUCGCGUCGCGUGCACCAGUGUCCAAAGGCAGCGUUGCCACAACCGCCAGGAGAUAGAUUAGGAGUUUUCCCGUGUAGUAGCCGCCGCCAGGAUGAAAUGUCUCGGACGCGCCCCUCUGCUGGCUUUUCCAACAGCGGUUGAUCUUCCCCUGAACACAACGAUCGGACAGCAGGCACGACGAGAAGGGGGCACAGCCGAAACGAACCUGGGCGCCGUGGCAGACAGCAGACUCCUAGCGGUGUUAUGGAUAUAGUCUACGGACAGCACGAUAUGACAGUGACCUCCCGGAUCUCGUGCUGGAAGCGGUGAACGACUCAGCAAGAGUCUGUCAGCCUGCAGCAAGCGAAAGUUCGUGCCAGGCGAGAGUCACGGAAACGUUCCGAACACCGGAAAUGGAGUCGGUCGCGAUUUACACCUCACAACUGAGGACAACACCGGUGUGCAUAUCUGCUGAGAUGGUGGAGGAAUCUCCCUCCCGUAACAAUAGUUCAGCUCUAUGCCAAUUGUUCAUCCAAAAGGGGGGACCGAACUCGCCUCCGAAAUUAAAAAAUAGGGUCUGUGGAAUGAGAGAGGAGUCAUCGGUGCUGCACCUGGCCUCGUCGGAGUGCUCAUCCCGAGUCGUUCUGA